AUGGAAUGUGAUUUAUGCUCAUUGGACUCUGUUCGAACUUUUGCUUCAUUGUACAAUGAACAGGAAGAAAGACUUGAUGUAUUGAUUUGUAAUGCUGGUCUUGGUUGGUCAUCGUCUUCAUCCACUAAAGAUGGUUUCAGUUCUGUCAUGCAAGCCAAUUAUCUUGGUCAUUUUCUGCUCACAAAUCUUUUACUAGAUAAAUUGAAAAAAUGUCGACCAAGUCGAAUUAUUAAUGUUUCAUCUGAUCUUCAUAAAAGUGUACAAUCAAUUAAUUGGUUGGAUGCUUUCACACAAUUUCAUAGUAGUCGUUGGCUGGGUGCCUAUCCAUUAUCGAAAUUAUUUCAAAUUCUUUCGACAUUAAAAUUAAAACAAGAUCUAUGGAAGUCCGAAGGCAUCAAUGUGUUUGCUUUGACACCUGGUUGGGUAACAACAUCAAUGCAAGAUCCGCUCGGAAAUGCUCUUGGUAUAUUUAGUUUCAUUUUUUAUUAUCCAUUGGACUAUUGUUUGAGAUUUGCAUUUGCUAAAACACCCAAGACCGGUGCACAGACGAUUGUGUAUUGUGCUGUUGAAUCAACAUUAGAGCAAUCACAAGACGUGUACUUUGCAAACUGUACUGUUGCAAAACCAUCAUCGUUGGCUACUGAUCAAUCAUCAGCCGAACGUUUAUGGAAAGCCAGCUGUGAAGCAGUCGGACUUUAA